ACAGGACUUGCAGAUCCUUCCAGAAUGCCGGAGGAAAGUUCCCCCAGGCACACUCCACAGAGUGCCUCGUACAAGGACCUCCCUCACUUCGUCAAUGCUGAUGGGCAGCACAUUUUCUGCAGGUAUUGGAAGCCCACAGGGGAGCCCAAGGCCCUGGUCUUUGUUUCCCAUGGAGCCGGGGAGCACUGUGGCCGCUAUGAGGAACUGGCUCAGAUGCUGACAGGCCUGGGGCUGCUGGUGUUUGCCCAUGACCAUGUUGGCCAUGGACAGAGUGAAGGGGAGAGGAUGGUGGUGUCUGACUUCCAGGUUUUCGUCAGAGAUGUGCUCCAGCACAUAGAUAGCGUGCAGAAAGACUACCCCAAGCUCCCCAUCUUCCUUCUGGGCCACUCCAUGGGAGGUGCCAUCGCCAUCCUCACGGCCGUGGAGAAGCCAGGCCUCUUCUCAGGCAUGGUCCUCAUCUCACCCUUGGUCCUCGCCAGUCCAGAGUCGGCAACAACUUUCAAGGUUCUUGCUGCAAAAGUGCUCAACCUCGUCCUGCCAAACAUGUCACUGGGACCAAUCGAUUCCAAUGUGCUUUCGAGGAAUAAGACAGAGGUGGACCUGUACAAUGCAGACCCGCUCAUCUGCCGCUCAGGCCUGAAGGUGUGCUUCGGCAUCCAGUUGCUCAAUGCCGUCUCACGGGUGGAACGCGCCCUCCCCAAGCUGACCCUGCCCUUCCUGCUGCUCCAGGGCUCUGCUGACCGCCUCUGUGACAGCAGGGGGGCCUACCUGCUCAUGGAGGCGGCCAAGAGCCAGGACAAGACACUUAAGAUCUAUGAAGGUGCCUACCAUGUUCUCCACAAAGAGCUUCCGGAAGUGACCAACUCUGUCUUCCAUGAAAUAAACAUGUGGGUCUCUCAAAGGACAGCUUCGGCAGGAGCUGGGUCCCCGCCCUGA